GUGGGCUUCGUUUGGCCGAACAAUACUUCGGCUCUCUCUUUCCUUCGCCGUCUGAAUUCUCUCUUCCGCUUCACUGGAACCCUCCUCCGCCGAAUAAUGUUCGGAGUUCGUCGUUCCCUGGGGGUUGUCUCCAAUGAUCUUCUUCAUCGCUUCCGAUCAUUAUCAAUCGCGUCGAUUCACAUAAAAGCGGGUUUGGAGAUUCCCGAUAACAAGCCGCUCAAAUAUGCGCUUCAGUACAUUAAUGGAAUUGGCCGAUCGAGAGCGCCGCAAGUUCUUGCUGAGCUCCACUUGGAGAACAAGCUUGCCAAGGAUUUGACUAAACGAGAGAUUGUUGUUCUUGCGGACGAAAUUUCGAAGUACAUGGUCGGACAUGAGUUGAAUAAGUGUGUUAAGAAGGACAUUGAUAGAUUGCAGGCAAUUCAGUGCCACAGAGGGAUUAGGCAUGGUGAAGGAUUGCCAUGUCGAGGCCAACGAACAAAGACCAAUGCUAGGACUAUGAAGUCGAAGCAGAUCGGUUCUGGAAAGAAGAAAGCUUCUCGAAGAGAGGAGAUAAUGGCGCACACUUUAGCAUUGCCCGUCGCUCCUUCGCUCUCCCUUAUCUGCAAUUCUCGAACCUCCAAUCCUCUCUCUAACGCCAUCUCCUUCCCCAUUUCAAACCCUCGGGUUCCUGGUCUUCAAAUCAAGUGUGUCCGUGUUGGAGGAGUUGAGAUACCAAACAACAAGCGAGUUCUAUACUCCCUUCAGUAUAUACAUGGAAUUGGGCGCAACAAUGCUAAGAAAAUACUGUUUGAUCUAAACGUGGAGAAUAAGAUCACCAAGGACUUAGCUGAGGAGGAACUCAUAUCUAUCAGAGAUGAAGUUUCCAAGUACAUGAUUGAAGGAGAUCUGAGGCGUUUCAACGCACUUGCCAUAAGGAGAUUGAAAGAGAUUCAGUGUUAUAGAGGGAUUCGACACAUCCAGGGGUUGCCAUGCCGAGGGCAGCGAACGAAAAACAACUGCAGGACGUUGAAGGGUAAGAAGGUCGCCAUUGCAGGGAAGAAGAAGGCUCCUCGUUGAGGCCUUUGCCAUUGAAUCUCUUGUAAAAGCUUAGAGACGUAUUGUUUUAAACUCUGGAUUUGCAUCUGAUUUCCUCAUGAAAAUACUUUUGUGUUAUUGCUGUGUCA